AUGAGCGCGGAGCAGGGAGAUCGCGAUGUCGACUUACGCGCCCGGGAGUUGUUCCAUUAUUUUCAGCCAGACAAUCCGGCCCUGAUGCCGUUCGGCCAGCACGCGACUCGAUCAUGCGAAAAUCCCACUAUUCAAAAAACAAGUCCAAAUCUGGUGUUGACGGCCCUGGCACAGUUAGCCGCAUUGAAGCUGGGGGUUCAGCGCAGUGUUAUCAGUCUGAUUGAUCGGGAAACACUUUAUGUGGUAGCGGAAGCGUCACGGUCGCUGGAUUUGGCAAACAAUGACCGAUAUGACGGAGACGGGGAUGGUCUCUGGGUAGGCUGUUCGCGAGGACCCGUUGCGGGAACUUUGUGCGAGAAAACCAUUACCUUAAAGCCCGCGGACGGGAAGCAUGCGUUCUUCAUCGUAGAGGAUUUAAAGCAGGAUCCGACCUUUUCCAAUUUACCUUGUGUCGCAAAAGAUCCGCAUUUCCGGUUCUACGCCGGCACACCACUGAAAACCGGUAAUGGUAUCAAUAUUGGUAGUUUGUACGUGAUUGAUCCUCGACCCGAUCACCGUUUAAGCGAUUCCCACAAAGAAACACUUGGAAAUAUCGCGGAUGCGGUGAUGGAGUAUCUGGAGACUUCCCGGCAGUCAUUAGAGGCUAAUCGAUUGACGAAGCUAUUGGCUGGCCUAAAUACUUUUGUGCAAGGAGCGGCCAGUUCGGAUACCUCGCGUGACUUAACAAGGCACAGCCCAGGCCGGCUGGACUGUCUCACAUCAUAUUCAUCAUGCGAGCAACAAACUCCUGACACCGAGGCUGAGGAAUAUAUGUUCAAGGCCAGAAGCAGAAGCCCACCACUAGACCCGUCGACUCAAUCGAAUAGUGACGAAGCUCUUGAUGGUGUGCCUUCUAGCAUCAUUUCAUCUACAACUCGCAAACGUUUACCAAGAUCGAAGACAGAAAAGUGCCCAGAUUACAAGGAUAACAGAGCACAGCGGAUAUUUCAAUGUGCUGCCAACAUCAUGCGAGAAAGCUUGGAUCUGGGUUCAAACGGUGGUGUGGUCAUCGCCAGCACCGGCGAAGAUAUCGACCAGGAUUGUUCCGAUAACUCAGGCGGGGAAAGGGAGAAAAAACUGGCCAAACUAUGGGCGGUAUCGGACAACAAUCACCAGCCCCAUGAAACUAGGGAAGAAUUUGAUUCAUAUCCAGCAUCACAAAUGGAAUCAAGUUUUGUACGCCGAAUGAUACGAAAUCACCCGCGCGGCGGACUCUGGUAUCUAAACUACAAUAGAGAAGCCUUUUCAUCCGAUGAAGAUGGAAUCAGCUCGGGGAGCAUGAAGGAUGCUCCGAAUCCCUCCCAACCCCCACUGUCAGUGCAUCCAGCGUCGCUCAGAUCGUUGCGCGAGAAGGAUCUCCAGUCGAUGAAGAAGAACUUUCCCAAAGCGACGAGAAUUAUCUUCGCUCCCCUCUGGGACUCUCUUAAUUCGCGAUGGUUCGGUGGCGCUUUUUGUUGGAGUCAAGCGGAGACUCGAGUGUUCAGUGCACAUGUCGAUCUGGGUGGACUCUUUGGAUUUGGCUCAUCCCUAAUGGUCGAGCAUAGUCGUAUUCAGAGUCAAGAGUCGGCUAGGCAAAAGGGUGAUUUUAUUAGUACCAUGUCACAUGAAUUACGAAGCCCACUACACGGCAUCUUAGCAUCUAACGAAUUACUCUUCGAUCACAUCGAUUCAGAGUUUGCUAAACGGCUUCUUGACACUAUCCGUGCUUGUGGACAAACCCUCCUUGAAACCUUUGAGCAGAUCUUGGAUUUCACCAAAAUCAACUCUUUUGAGAGGGACCUACCGAGAUCUCGCUCGCCCCAUCAACGUCUCCAACGUGAUCGGCCGCAGUCAUCACGCAUCGUCAAGCUGGUCGAUGUCCUUGCAGUCGUUGAAGAAGCUGUUGAAAGCGUCUGCUCUGGACAGGCCCUAUCAGGUAUCAUGAACGGAGGCAGUGCAUCUGCGCGGCUAUGGCAAUUGGAUCCAAUGGAUGACACCAUGAGAGGAUCGCAAACCACUAACGGCGAACAAGUGGACGUGUUUCUCGAUGCUGCGCCCCAGAACUGGCUCUAUGUACUGGAGCCAGGUGCUUUGAGGCGCGUCGUUAUGAACGUAUUCGGAAACGCGUUAAAGUACACGGAAGCCGGAUCUGUUUCCCUCCAUAUUGAGACUCAGACGUCAAAGAACGACUACCCAGUGCUCCUGAUGACAGUUUCCGAUACAGGCAGUGGUAUUUCAAAUGACUACCUUCGUUCCAAUGUUUUUACCCCAUUUUCACAAGAGAACCCAAUGUCACCAGGCGCGGGGCUUGGUCUCUCACUCGUUCGAGGUAUACUUCGUUCGCUGGGUGGAAGCAUUGCAAUCAAAAGUCAACUCGGCGUGGGUACUGUGGUGAAGAUAACGUUCCCUCUUACAUACUCUCAACAGCGCAAGCUUUCUGAAACCGAAUCUCCUGCCCCGGGCUUGUCAUUACCCGCUGUGACAUCUAUCGACCGUGUUACCACAAAGCUCGAAGGGAGCAGGGCAUUCUUUUACCCCACGGACAAUUUCCAAUCCAGCAAGCCGUCAUCAUCUCAUAUGAUCAAACAAUAUCUAACCAACUGGUUCGGCAUGGCAACUGGAGACCAGGCUGUUCCUACCACAUCAGACUUGGUGGUCGUUGACGAGCGUCAUCUGGAUCAACUCCCGGGUGCAUAUCGUCAAGCCCUAAUUUUGGUCCUGUCUCAUCGAGGUCCUAGCCCAUAUUCAGCGGUUGCUUCAACGAAAGAGCAACUGAUCAACUCAAUAUGGCUGACUCUCCCGUGUGGGCCUCACCAGCUAGCCAGGACACUUUUGGGCUCUCUUCAAAAAUUAGUGUCAAGCAAAUUCCAUACGCCCGGUAGCACAGCGAGACAUCAUCAGAGUGACGCAAUUUUGGACUCAAAAUCAACUGAUACGCAGACGAAAAGGGCUCUCCUUCUGCAGCAUGAAGUACGGCUCAAAUCAACGAACCCAUCUCCGUUGGUCACGGCGUCUACCCCAAAUGAAGAAAUCAUGAAGCCCACUAUCACGGACCUUGAAUUGCCAGUUCAUAUUGAGAAAGAUAUCCAGGAAAAUCAUACUUCCUCGCUGACUGAAGCAAAACAUGGUCUUCGAAUCCUCUUGGUAGAGGACAACGCUAUAAACCUCGCGCUCCUCAGAAAGUUUAUUUCAAAAAUACCAACGCAAGCCCUGCACUGCGCUGUAAAUGGCGCAAAGGCCGUUGAACUAGUGCAGAAAAUGCCGCAAGGCUAUGAUUAUGUCUUCAUGGACAUGUCUAUGCCUGUUAUGGACGGAUUCGAGGCAAGCAAAGAGAUUCGAUCAAUAGAAACAAAGCGGCAGACUGUGUCUCCUGCACGUAUAAUCGCCCUCACUGGCCUGGGAUCGGAUGCACAUAUCUCGAGAGCUUAUGCGGCAGGUGUUAAUGUCUUCCUCCGAAAGCCGGCCUCUCUCAAGGAUAUAAUGGCCGUACUGGGGGAGUGA